UGAUCCACCAAAAAAGACUACUCGGGAUCACCUACUUAAGGCGUUGUCCGGUUCAUCCGUAACUAAAACGACUCCAGAUAUGAAUUAUCCAAUCAUGGAUCCGAUUGGGUGACGGUGAUCCAUUGUGUCCGUCGAGUAAUCUUGGAUCCAGCCCACGGUGGGGAAAGACACACAAAUUGCCUUUCGGGGGGGAUUAAAUGCUCGUGCCUGCGACCGGGAAUUUUUGCCUACUACAACGGUGUCCAACGAACCAGGCAGGUUAUAACCAGAAGAUAUAAACCAGCUCAUUGUCAGUCCGUUCUUCAAAUACGAUGUGGUCUCCUUUGACAUAACCAAGCAUCCUAGGUUCUGGAAGCAAACAUUCACGCCAUGCGAUUCUCUCGAACCCUAUCGGUGGUCGAUGCUCACGCUGCCGGUGAAGUCGGCGACGUGAUUAUUGGCGGUGUCCUCGAUGUCCCUGGCAAAACGAUGUACGAGAAGAUGGUCUAUUUCGAAACCAAUGCGGACCAUAUUCGCAAACUUCUCCUCAAUGAACCCCGGGGCCGACCAUCAAUGUGCUGUAACCUGAUUCUCCCGCCAACUAACCCGGCUGCCGAUGCCGGCCUUCUCAUUAUGGAAAGCGACGAAUACGUGCCAAUGUCCGGUUCAAAUACCAUCUGCGCCACAACGGUGCUUUUGGAGACCGGGAUGAUCACAAUGCAAGAGCCCACAACGCAAUUAACGUUGGAUACCGCUGCUGGCUUAAUUACUGUUACCGCUGGAUGUGACCGCAGCAAAGGCAAGUGUACCAGCGUGACAUUCGACAAUAUCCCAGCCUUCGUAUUCGCUCUAGACUACCCGAUUGAUAUUCCUGGCCUUGGUACCAUCAACGUGGAUAUUGCUUGGGGGGGUAUGAUCUUUGUGAUCGUUGACGUGGCUACUGUUGGCUUGAAAAUCGAAAGUCAAUUCGGGGCACAGCUGGUGGAGAUGGGCGAAAUGAUCAAGCGAGCCGUUCGGGCCAAAAUCACACCGACACAUCCAGAAAAUUCCCUGAUCAGCGGGAUAAGUGCAUGUAUGCUCACAGCACCCUUGGAGGAUUUGACAGGCAUGGGUGGGAUACAGGGAAAGAGAGCAUCGAACACGGUUGUUGUAUCUCCUGGUCGACUGGACCGCAGCCCCUGUGGCGCGGGCACCUCUGCCCGUAUGGCAGUUCUUCAUGCGAGGGGCCUAUUGCAGGAGAACGAGCCUUUCUACCAUCAGAGUAUCACUGGAACUGAAUUUGCGUGCUACAUUCGGGGAACAACCAAGGUGGGCAAGUAUGAUGCAGUCCUGCCAACGCUCAAAGGAACAGCUUGGAUUACGGGUUUUAGACAGGUUGUGCUUGACCCAACCGAUCCAUUUCCUGAAGGCUUUAGGGUUGGUGAUUUCUGGCAUGUUGGUGAUCAGCCAACUGCCUGAUACGGAAUGUUGUUGUUUGUAUAUAGAAUUCAUCCCACAAGAAGAUCUCCCAUCGCGUCUAGGUACAAGUGAGGCUGCUCAGUAGAUAUAUAUAAAUCACAUCACGCAUAUGAAAUGCUAAGGUCAGGUUGUUACGCUGCGAGGCAGCCGGGUCAAGGAAGCGGGUAGAAAGCGUCCGAGGAAUAGGUAGUGUGAGAAGGAGCGAGACGAUAUGAUUGCAAUUGAUACAAAGCUAAUAGCUGGCUGCAUAGAUUGAAUUCUUUAA